UCUCCCUCCAUGUCUCGUCUGCUGGUCCAGAACCUCCCGGUGUAUAUCACUCCUGCGCGACUUCGCGAACACUUUGAGCAGAAAGCUGGACCAGGGGGCACGAUCACCGACUGCAAAGUCGCCUCCAAGUCCGAUGGCACUGCGCGUCGCUUCGGAUUCGUCGGAUUUAAAACCGAUAGCCAGGCCACGGCCGCCAAAGAGUGGUUCAACAGGACAUUCAUUGACUCGACGAAGAUCAGGGUCGAAGUGAUCGAUGGCGCCAAAAAUGCACCUGCACCUAGACCUAAUAAGCGUCCUCGUCUAGGGCCAUCUCCCAACGACGUGGAGGCUACGCCGCCAAGUAAGAAACAACGCCCUGAUGUUGCACCCGCGAAACCAGUCCCGGACGCCCAGCUCGACGAGUUUCUCCAAGUCAUGCAACCUCGCGCGAAGGGUCGCACAUGGGCCAACGACGCUGCACCCCUCGCAUCUGAAACGACCUCUGGGCCGAAAGAUACGGAGAAGGAUGUCCCUAUGGAGGACGAGCAGCCACAGGAGGGCAUGUCCGACAUGGAAUGGAUGCGACAGCGGAUGUCGAAGAACGCGGAUGUGGUUGAGAAGGCGUUCGAGCAAUCUGAUGACGAGAAGGAUGCAGAAGAGUCUGCGAUGCCCGCUGUAACGUCCUCCACUGAGCCUCCGGAGGGGAAGGAUCCGGACACGGAGACUAUCUUGCAGACUUCCCGACUUUUCGUUCGGAAUCUCGCGUUCUCGUGCACGGAUCAGGAGCUACUUGACUUGUUUUCGCCAUACGGUGCCAUCUCUCAGGUGCACCUACCCGUCGAUUCAGCAACGAAGCAGCCGAAAGGUGUCGCGUAUAUCACAUUCGCAAACGCAGCCGAUGCAGUCUCCGCCUUCGAAGCUCUGGAUCGCAAGUCGUUCCAGGGUCGUCUCAUCCACAUACUGCCCGCGGUGGACCGCAAGCCUCGGUAUGAAGUUGUCGAGGGUGAAGGCAAGAAGAAGACGGUCAAAGGCGAACGAGAGGCCAAACGAAAAGCUGCCGCAGGAAAGGAGUUCAACUGGAGCAUGCUGUACAUGAACGCCGAUGCUGUCGCUUCCUCGAUCGCAGAUCGAAUGCAGAUCUCGAAGUCUGACAUCCUGAAUCCCGAAGGUUCAGACAAUGCCGCUGUGAAACUAGCCCUCGCCGAGACGCACAUCAUUCAAGAAACCAAGACGUAUCUUGAAUCGCAGGGAGUCGUUCUAGAGUCUUUCUCGUCGAGAGCCCGAUCCGACACUGUCAUUCUGGUGAAGAACAUACCGUACGGCACGUCGGCGGAGCAAAUCAGAGAGUUGUUCGAGCCGCAUGGGACACUGACGCGGGUAGUCGUACCUCCUGCCGGGACCAUGGCUGUCGUCGAGUUCGAAGACGCAUCCGACGCAUCGACUGCCUUCCGCGCCGUCGCCUAUAGACGACUGGGCAAUUCCAUCGUCUAUCUCGAGAGAGGACCGCAGGGGAUGUUCCGCGGCGCUGUACCCGUUGCAACAGACUCAGCAACGAUGCCCGUUGUCCAUGGUGUCAAGAUCGCCACCGAAGACAACCUCGCAUUCGCAACGACGACCGAGCGCCUGGUGCAGGUCUUCGGCAAGCUGCCGUCCUUCUCGUUCGCGCGUGUACAGAUGAAGCCCGACCCGAAACGCCCCGGGGCCCGGCUGAGCAUGGGCUACGGCUUCGUCGGGUUCAAGGAUGCCGAUGGUGCGAAGAAAGCGCUGAAGAGUAUGCACGAGUUCGUGCUUGAUGGGCACGCACUGUCCGUCAAGUUCGCGGGGCGCGGGACGGAGGAUGAAAGCAAGGCGGGUUCGGCUUCUUCCAAGAGCAGAACGACGAAGAUGUUGGUCAAGAACGUACCGUUUGAGGCCACGAAGAAGGAUAUCCGAGAGCUGUUUGGGGCCCACGGCAAGCUCAAGUCAGUUCGUGUGCCGAAGAAGUUCGACUCCCGAUCGCGCGGCUUCGCCUUCCUCGAUUUCGUCUCGAGGCAUGAAGCAGAGAACGCCUAUGCAGCAUUGCGCCAUACCCAUUUGCUCGGUCGGCAUCUCGUUCUUGAAUGGGCCGAGGAAGCCGAGCAGGACCUCGACCUACUACGGAAGAAAGCAGGUGUCGGAUACGGGUCCGGAAGCAGUGAGAUGCCCGGUAGGAAGAGGAAAUUGGACAUGGGAAGAACGGACGGCAACGAUGACCCAGAGUCAUUGGAGUAACUGCGAGACUAGCGAUACGCGAUCACGUGAAACUAUUCCUAUUCUCACGUGCAACUCUUCCGCUUCAAGAUUCGAGUAUCCAUGGCAUGAUCUGACUGAGGUGAUCCAAUUAUAACACCGAUUACGAUAAAGAAUGAUGUAUGUAGACAACGAUGUGCUCCGUCUGA